AUGUCUGCAAUAUCUCCCGGGCUUCGCCUCCGCAAUUCGCGCAGAGCAAAGAAACCCACCACAUCAAGCAGGAGACACCGCUUCGAACCCUUCUCGAAACGGUUGGCACAAGUGAGGAUUGACCCGGUGCAUGCCGUAGGAAGAGUCAGGCCUUCGAACAGCGACCCAGAUGUCUUGCAAAGCUUUUUCCGCACCGCGUUGGAAGGCUGGGCGGAAUUGAACUUGUCGAGCACAUUCACCAGCUUCCUCAGCCUUGCGAGUCCACUAUGCGAAAAUCUCCCGCAGCUCCUUCAUCAUGCCGACACCGUCUUCGCGAUUCUCGUUGAACACAUCGAAAAAAGAGACGACCUCGCUCUCGAACCUCUCCUCGGCCUCCUUGCCCAACUUGCCCACGACCUCGAUCAUGGGUUCGAACCAUACUUCCAAAGAACUGUACACCUGGUGGCGCAGAUUGCUGCCACCAGUGACAAGACGGAAGUUGUUGAGUGGUGUUUCAACUGCCUCGCGUACAUGUUCAAAUACCUGUCCAAACUUCUCGUACACGAUCUACGGCCCCUACUCGAUGUCAUGAUACCCUACCUAUCCUCCAAGAAGGACUACGUGGUUCGAUUCAGCGCAGAGUCGCUCACCUUUCUGCUGAAAAAAGCCGCCUCGCAGUUUGCCGCAGACAAGACACCCUUGUGUCUUGCCGUCAAUCAUCUUUUGAAGGAGUUUCCAGAGCAAGAUGGUGUCACAACCCUCAGUCCAUAUCAGCUCGGCCUCAUGAGCCUUUGCGUGGAGGGCGCUCGCGGGGUCGACUUUCAAUUGCAUUCGUGUGCUGUAUCCUUGAUACAGUGUCUACUAGACUGCGCUCUCCCCAUAAGCCAACAGGCGCACGUUCAGUCAACUGUGGAUGGCGUUCUGAUCGCCCUCAUCCAUGAGACAACCACGGACGCCUUUAAGCCGAUCCAGGCGAUCAUCUUGGAUUUUGUUCGGGAGUGUGCGGCUUCCGAAGAGGCCAGCCAGUUGUCUUUCGCACUCAGGCUCUUGCUUGUUAUCAUAGGCACAGGGAAGGGAGAGGCGAUCAGUGCAUGGACAUUCGUCAUUGAGGCCUUCCAAGUGGUAGCGGCCAUCGCACAGGGGCUUAACGAGGACCGAAUACACUUCAACCCGAUUCUCGCAAUCAUCAUCGCCACAAUCAUUCAGUAUGCACCCCUAGACCAAUUGUUGCAGCAGAAGUCAGCCUUACCCCGGGAGUUGUUGGACUGGGCUGCGGAGCACUUUUCACCACGCGAGUUCUAUGCCUUCUCCACAGCUUGCGCAGAGCUUGGGGGGGAGAGGUUCAUCGCCCAUGUCCUGCCAGGGCUCCAGAAAUACAUCUCGAACCACUGGUCUGAUGAUGAGGUGAGUCUUUAUUACAUGCUGGAGAGAUUGCAGCAGAAUAAGAUCGGUUUUGGUGGGUCUGCAACCGUCAGGUCAAUAGAUUGUCCUGCGGAUUUUGGACAAUUCAUCCUGAAUCAGUUGUCAAUGAAGGAACAAGAUGGGGAUGCUUCAAUCAUCGAAGAACUUGCUGGACGGCUUCGAUUCUCCAGGGCUGCUUGCCUUUUUGGCGACGCCGAAAAUACUGCUCGGUCUCUUGACGCAUUUCACAGUCUACUCACCCACGUCUUGGAAGAUGUCAGGAACGACCUUGACCUGCGUCAACGCACAAUUCUGGGCUGGGGUUUUGACACAUACGUCGAAAUUGCACCCCCUGAUGACCAGCGGCUCAAGGACCUUGUUUCUCUUGUUCCGAAGAUGCCCUCGGUAGUCUUUCACCUGCCAGCUUUCGUACACGCAGUCAGCCGUCUUUUUGAGAAAGUCCCUGCAGUCGAGGGUGUGGAGUCUCGACUCUUCGACAGUGUCCGCAACACUCUUAUCCGAAAUCUAUUAUCGACAUCAUUCAACUUGAAGAAAGGAUCUGCACAGCUGCUUCUUGCGCUUGGCGGUUUGGAAAUCCGGAGCUGGCUUAGAGAAACUAUUAGACUGAUGCUCGAGAUUCUUAACACUCCAUACAGUCCUGCCGAAGCCCGAAAAAUUUCGCUGCUACUCAGGCGGAUUCUCCAACAACAAAAAUAUAUACCAGAGAACUCGUCGUUUCUGGAUCUUAUCCCUUGCUUCUGCUUCGGCUUGAUGCCACAUUACCAUGACAUGACAAGAGCAGAAGUUUGCAAUUUUCUCUCUCAAAUGAUACAGACGACACCGUCGGAAGAAACCGUGGUCAACAUCGCCAUGGAGUGGCUUCAGUCACCGGCCGAUCUGAUUCAGUCGCCUCAAAAAGAUCCCCUUGGUGCAUGGUCGACACUUUCUUCUUUUGAAUGCUCAAACCUUGCGCACCUCGAUUCUUUGUGCAAAUCAGUCUCAGAUGACUUCCAAUGUUCCGGUGAGAGAUUCCGCAGCAUAAUUGAGGACGAACAUCGACUAGAAAACCCUGGAAGACCACCUCCGGAUAGUCGAUCGCUAGCUCUAAUGGUACUAUCCUGGAUGCCCGCUGCAACUGAAAAUCGGUCUCGUUCAUUGGUUCCUAUCUUCCUCGCUGCACCCUUCAGCCGUGCUCAACUACAACCCAAAGCCAGCUCGGAUGCUUCUGCAUCGUCGCACACAUUGAGCCCCGACCUUGAUGACCACGAAUGGUCUCUAACAGACAGGAAGGCGAUCUUGGCCCUGUUCGGCCGGUUCAUCAACCCUACUAUGCUCUUCAGAUCAUCCGAAGUACAUGCAAAACUUAUCGAUCUUUUGAGCAACGGCAACGAUGAUAUUCGAAAGCUGGCACUCCAAGCCAUCCUGACCUGGAAAGACCCUGUACUUUCCCGUUACGAGGCCAUGCUGCUCCCAUUAGCCGAAGGAAAGUCUGAGACAUCUGUCAUAGGCAGAUGUCUGGCUGCUGAUGAGGAGAGUUCUGUUAGACCAGAAGAUCGAAGCACCGUCCUUCCUGUUGUCCUCCGGCUUGUCUUUGGUAUCAUCGUGGGCCGAGCAGGAACGUUCGGAUCUCAAGACACAAGAAGGAAAUCAUUGUUGCGUGUCAUGCUCCGACUACCCGAGAACGAAGUCUCAUUGUUCCUUGACAUUGCUCUGGGCAAAUUGAGAGAUGUCAGGGUCCAAGAAGCCGCUCUAAACCUCGCAAACCUCGACCAAUCAUACAUCCCGGAAGACCAGCAAUAUGGGUUUCUUCGAUUGUUGUUGUCAAUGCUGGAGACAUUCCAAAGCAAGUUCGCUCCGUUUGGCCGACAGGUUGUCGACGCAGUCGUGUUUUGCGUCGUCAAAGCUUCUCAUCAAGGUCACACAACGGUCAACCAGACCAGUACGGGAGCAUUGUCACGCAGUAUCCGACGGACAGGCUUCCAAUGUCUCGUCCUUCUCUUCGAUCACUGUCAUGACGUCGACUGGCCUGUUCAUCUUCGCAGUCUCUUUACUGAUGCAAUAAGUCCACGUCUCGACAUAUUCGACUCCGAGACGGGCCAAGGUAUUUCUGGUCUGCUACGCCUAUUUGCGUCUUGGGCUCAUUCUCCUGAUUACAUUGGCUACCUUGGAGAUUAUGAUCGCCGAGUUCCAGAAGUCAUGUGGCAGGCCCUGGCUACAGAUUCAACGCCGGACCCAGUAAAGCUGUUCAUACUCGAAGAAAUUGUGCUUCCGUGGGCUAGCAUAGCUGAAGCUGAACGGCCUGUGCCCCAUUGCGCACGUGACCUCCUCAAAACUGAGUCAGAGGCUCUAUUGGCGUCUCUGACGGGUCUACUCGAGCGGACACCCCCAAGGCCCAUCCUUGCUGCAGUAACGGUCGUCCUGCCCAGGGUUGCCUCAUUGGCGGAAUCCCCCGGAUCUCGACAGUCCAUUAUCAAGUUAUUGACAACCCUGCUCUGUGAUGAGGGGCUUAAGAUACCCCCAGUUGUCAAAGGUCAACUCCUCCUCUCUGUCCACAGCUUUCUGGCCGUCGAUGCCACUUUGGAACAAAGUGCACACCUACAACUUCUGUCACUGGUUGCGUCCUUGUUCAACUUCUUCCGAGACCAGACGAAUCGUCAGCUACUAUGCGAGGUCUUGGAAAGGUUGUCUACAUCGGACGAAGGUCUAGCUCAAUGCGCUCGACUAUGCAAAGAUUUGAAUGCCAUGUCCUCGCAACGACUCGACGAGAUUGAUUACGACAGGCGACUGCAGGCUUUUCAGUCAAUCCAGGCCCUGGAUUUCCGCAACAUCAGCUCAGCGUACGAACCCAUCAUAUACAACUUGCUGUACUUUUUGAGAGCCAGUGAUGAUUUCACGAUCCGAUCAAAUGCCUUGGCAUGCCUGAAACAGAUGAUCAACAAGUCCCAUGAAAGCGAGAGCUCCGACCUCAACGACUUGAUCGUCAAUUCUGCUUUCCCUGUGACGAAGAAGUGCAUAAGACUUGAGUCGGAAGUUGUGAGGGCGGACUUCGUCACUCUCCUGGGACUUCUGGUGCAACAUGCUCGCAAUAACGGAGAUCUGACGAACAUGACGCCUCUGUUGGUUGGGAAUGAUGAGGAAGCGUCGUUCUUCUCGAACAUCUUGCAUAUCCAACAACACCGUCGCCUGCGAGCCAUUCGACGGCUUGUCUCCGAGGUCGAGAAAGGGCUGAUCAGCGCAGCCAACAUCCUGGAGAUUUUCAUCCCUCUGCUAAGAAUGUUUGCCCUUGACUCAAGCACGGACGAGUCGGCGCAGAGCACUAAGGGUCAAAGCAUCACUGCGAUAGGCAGUCUCCUCCAAUGGAUUGACUGGAAAAACUUCAGGAUACUGUUCCGCCGGUAUAUGUAUGACCUCAACGUCACUGGGGUCGAGCACAAGGCUAACAACCGGCUUCUUGGAUACGCUGCUGAUGCAUUGUUGGCAGCGAACAGCCACCGACCUGAAAGCUCUCAAGCAGAACAAGGUCGAUCGAUACCUCAGCUCGCAGUGUCGCUUCCAGACAAGACGAUUGUGGAGCAGGAACUGAAGGGUCAAUUCCUACCGAAACUCGCAGAGCUUGUCCACUACAAAGAUGAGACAGAGAUCAGUCUGCGUCUACCCAUCGUGGUCGUCGCGAUCAAGCUCAUCACUCUUCUGCCACUGCACGAGAUCCCACUUUUUGCUGCCCCAUUAACUCUUGAUAUCGCGCACAUCCUCAGGAGCAGAGCUCAAGAAUCCCGCGAUGCCGCGCGCAAAGCCCUGUGCGAACUCGUUCUUCUGCUUGGUCCCGGCAGUCUGCAGUUCGUGCUCCGAGAAAUGCGCACAGCUCUCACCAGAGGAUAUCAACUGCAUGUCGUGUCCUUCACCCUCCAUGCAAUUCUGGUGGCGCUGGCUCCUCAAAUCGAGCAUGGUGAUCUUGAUUAUUGCUGCGAAGAACUUGUCGCUGUUGUAAUGGAUGACAUUUUCGGCGCCGUGGGCCAAGAAAAGGACAACCAAGACUACAUCAGCAGUAUGAGGGAGGUCAAAAGUAGUAAGAGUUUUGACUCAAUGGAGCUCCUAGCACGGUCAAUCAGCGUAGCAGCUGCAUCAAAGCUUGUGGCGCCCCUUCAGACCAUUCUGUCUGGCAACCUGGCGGCAAAGCAAGUCCAGCAAGUUGACGAGCUUCUCCGGAGGAUUGGCAGCGGCUUGUCCCAGAACUCAUCGGUCGGCCAGCGAGACGUCUUGACAUUCGCAUACCAAUUGAUCCAGUCGCUCUAUCAGCAGCAAGAGACCGGACCAAGCCAAAUGCUUACCAACGACGAAAAGAAUCGGCAGAGAUAUCUUAUCCGCUUGUCAUCGGCGAGUAAAGAGAUUCAGAGUCAAAACUCGGCCUUGUUAUAUAAAUUAGUCAAGUUCGCUUUGGAUUUGGUGAGGUCUACUUUCCAGAGACACGCGGAAAUUCUGACGGCCGAGAACGUGCAUGGCUUCCUUCCCGUCAUUGGCGACGCCUUGAUUGAAGGUCAAGAGGAUGUCAAGAUUGCCGCUUUACGCUUGCUGUCCGCCAUUGUCAAACUGCCGAUGCCUGAACUUGAGCAAAACUCAGCCUUGUACGCUAGCGAAGCAGUCAAGGUCGUGAGAAACUCGACAAGCACCAACGAGGAGGGGGCGCAGGCUGCGUUGAAGCUCAUAGCUGCGAUACUUCGUGAAUGCAAGAGUGUCGAGGUGAAAGAAUCCGACAUUGCUGAACUUCUUCACCGUGUUGGUCCAGACAUCGAAGAACCAGACAGGCAAGGGGUGACGUUCAACUUCAUCCGGGCAGUUAUGGGGAGGAAAAUCCAGUUGCCGGAGCUUUACGAUCUCGCAGACAAGAUCGGAGUCAUGAUGGUAACGAAUCAAACAAAAGGGGCACGAGAUGUUGCAAGAAGUCUGUUCGUCCAUUUCCUACUUGACUAUCCUCAAAGCUCUUCAAGAUGGUCGAAACAACAGCAAUUCCUGAUGACAAAUCUCGAAUACAAGCAUCCCGAGGGAAGGCAAUCUGUCAUGGAAGCCAUCAAUACCUUGAUUGAGAAGAUGCAAGGAGAAGCAGCACAGGAACUUAUCUACGAGUUCUUCAUUCCCAUACUACUUCAGAUGGCCAAUGAUGAUAAUGAAGGUUGUCGACAGCUUGCUGGAGUCCUCCUGAGCCGGCUGUUUACCCUGGCAGAACGGGGCCGCCUGAACGACAUAUUCGAACUUCUGAACAGUUGGAUCCAUCAAGGGGGAAACAGCAAGGUGAAGAAACUCGGUAUCCAGGCAUACAGCGUCCUUCUAGAUGCGGACGUCUCUUUGACUCAAGCCGAGGUCGGCAAGAUUCGGAGCAUUGCUGCCAAAUCUCUUGAGACGACAAGCGUGAACGACGAGGACGAAUGGGAAGUUCGGUUCCAGGCAUUACUGCUAUUGCAGAAGCUGGUGGGUUCGCAGGCAGCCGCAGUAUUGAACGAGGAGCAGCGUGGUCUGUGGUCGCACGUGUGGCCAUCGCUAGACCAUCCCAAUCCAUGGAUCCAAAGCACAUCGGCAAGCUUGAUCAUCCAAUUCUUCAGUCACUGUGGCUCGAUGGACCGUGGAAAGCUUCCGCUGGCAUGUGGUCAUGGUCUUUUCUUGGAUGCAGAGGAGAUGCUUGACGUUUUGAAAACCUCCUCUCGCAUCUUGCGGCGUACGACGGGGAAUGAGGACCUCAGCACACAAAUGGUGCAGGUCCUUCUGUUUCUGGGUCAAUGCUUGAACGAAAACCAGCUCUCAGUUGAAGUCAAGCAGCAGUCCAGCGCCGCCGUUACCAAACACGCCGCAUCCGAAGCGUCCAGUUCUGAAGAGACUGAUUCUGAGGAGACGGAUUCUGAAGACGAUGUCAGUGCCGAAGAGAGCAGCACAAGCAUUCCAGCCACCCAAUACCUCCUCGACCAACUCGCGCGCAACCUCCGACUCGAACCGACAACACAGACAUCUGCGGCAUUACUCCCAAAGAAGUCAUCGUUGCAACUCCUCUCGAAUCUCAUCCCCGGUCUUUCAGAGGCGCACCUACCCAGCGCGCAAGUCAAUGCCAUCCUACUGCCACUCCAGCAUAUGACUGACACCAACACGAUCCCCCCUCGGUCGGCGGACCCGACCUUUGGUGCCACGUACCAGACUCUCAUCGAGCUCGCUCAUGAAGUCAUGGAGAAGCUGCAGAAGAAGCUCGGAGACACAAUGUACGUCCAGGCGGUCACCGAAGUCAGCAAAAUGAUGCGCGAAAGAAGGGAAGAGCGUAGAACGAAACGGCGCAUUGAGCAGGUUGCCGACCCGGAAAAGGCAGCGCGAGAUAAGAAGAGGAAGAGCGACAGGAAGAGGGACAGGACGAAGGAGCUGGCAAGAGCACACCAGAAGAGGAAGAGGGAAGAAGGAAUGUAA